CAAAGAUAUUGCUAAUCACCCCAAGGAGAACAAAGUUUGAAACUUCUCUUCUCUUUCAUUGCUUGUAAAUCAUAAUGGCUUCUUCAACAAUGGCACUCUCCUCUCCAUCUUUUGCAGGCCAAGCUGUGAGGCUUGCUCCUGCACCAUCUGAUGUCAUGGGCGAGGGCCGAAUCACCAUGAGAAAAGCUGCAGCUAAACCCAAGAAAGUUUCAUCUUCAAGCCAAUGGUACGGCCCAGACCGUGCCAAGUACUUGGGCCCAUUCUCAGGUGAGGCCCCAUCCUACCUCACCGGAGAGUUUCCCGGCGAUUACGGUUGGGACACAGCUGGGCUUUCGGCUGAUCCCGAGACCUUCGCCAAGAACCGAGAGCUGGAGGUCAUCCACUCGCGAUGGGCCAUGCUCGGCGCUCUGGGCUGUGUCUUCCCCGAACUCUUGGCCCGCAAUGGGGUCAAGUUCGGUGAGGCCGUAUGGUUCAAGGCCGGGUCUCAAAUAUUCAGCGAUGGUGGGCUGGACUACUUGGGAAACCCAAACUUGGUCCAUGCUCAGAGCAUUUUAGCCAUUUGGGCCACUCAAGUGAUCUUAAUGGGAGCUGUAGAGGGGUACAGAAUUGGAGGUGGGCCACUUGGUGAGGUGACAGAUCCACUAUACCCUGGUGGGAGUUUUGACCCAUUGGGGCUUGCUGAGGACCCAGAGGCUUUUUCUGAGCUGAAGGUGAAGGAACUCAAGAAUGGAAGAUUGGCUAUGUUCUCUAUGUUUGGUUUCUUCGUUCAGGCCAUUGUCACUGGAAAGGGUCCUAUAGAGAACUUGGCUGAUCACUUGGCUGACCCUGUUAGCAAUAAUGCUUGGGCAUUCGCCACAAACUUUGCCCCUGGAAACUGACACUUAAUUGCUCUUUUCAUACAUUUGUGUGUUUGUAACAGAUGUUGUAAACUCAACAUGUGACAUUGAUGGGAAUGAAAACGUGCUUUAUUUUAACCAAUAA